AUGAUAAAGAUAUUUGUUUUUUUUAUCUUCCAAGUGUUUGUAGUGUGUGUAAAAAAUGUGAAUGCGGUGAAUCCAAAAAGUUUUUCCACCAUAAGGCACGUGAAUGCGCCCCUAGGAUGGCAAUCUAACCGGCACAGGAAGUAUAAAAAUUGGAGAUUUUACCAAAGAGAAGGGAGUCUUCCCUUGUUUGCAUACAUUGACCUACGGAGAAGCAAAAGCGAAGAGGGGAAGCGGAACGCCCUGGCUGCGCAGGGAGGGAGCCAAAAGUGCCCCCUGCGCAAGGUGAGCUUCGCAGGCUUGAUGGGCAUGUCCGGAUUGUCGAUCCCGCUGUUCCUAGCAACAUACAUGAUAUACAACAAAAUAAAAAAUGACAACAAGAAUUUAACAGAAGCAGAAAAAAUUAUGGGAAAGUACCUGUACAAGCAUGAAAAUAAUUUGAUACAAGGAAAUAAUUAUGAAGAUGAAAAAUCAUACAAUUUAUUUUAUAUAAUCCAUGCGAUAUAUAACAAUAUUCGAACGUUAAUAAAUUUUUACAUGAACGUAAAAAAAGUAAAUACAAAGGAUACCUCAAAUGAGUACACCAUUUUAUUUUUCCAUUCGUACAAUGUGGACAGAUUUUUACACACAAGAAAUAUCAAAACGUAUGCUGAAAGGCUUAAAGAAAUUUACCAAGAUAUUAAUAAAAAAAAAAAUGUAAAUAUUGUGUAUGUCCCCCUAGACAGCAAACUCCUUUUUAAUAUUAAACACUUUAGCAAUAUGAACAACUGGUACAGCAUAUUGUUUCACGAUAAAAAACAAAUUUUGAAAAUGAUAAAAAAUUAUAACAUAAUGAAUAUCCCUACGAUGGUUUUGUUGGAUAAAAAUAUGAACAUCAUUAAUGACAAUAUAAAUUAUUUGCUUUUGCAUGACAGGAAAGAUUUUCCAUACAAAGAGGUUAAUCAUUUAACUUAUAUCAAUACGCUAUAUGACAAAAAUAAUCGAAAGUACGAUUUUAAAAAAUUAAAUUCAGAUUAUGUACUGUUUUAUUUUAAUAAUGAGAAAGACAACAAGGGGGACCUCCAGUCUCUGCUCAAAGUGAAGAAAAAAAUGGCCGCCAAAAAUAUUAACGUGGAUAUCAUUUUUGUUAAGGACAUGGAACUGAUGAAGGGGAAAACCUCCUCAAAGGGAGAUGGCAUGGUUAGUCAGCAAGAAGGUGAGAAGACAGGGCAAUUGACAAAUGAAAAAAGUGAGGGAAAUGUUCCAGGCGAAGGAAUCGGUAAAGAGAAGGACGCACAGAUGUCAAGCACAAAGGAGGGACAACAGUCCACACUUCCUGGGGCUCAAAAGAAGGGGGAUAAUAGAAACACUGCUGAGCGAAGCAACCAAACGCAUGACACAAAUGAUCAGACAGAACACUACGUCGACGAUGUGUACUACCUAGGGGAACAAGAAAAUAACGCCAUUUACAAGCUCCUCCUUUAUGACAUGUUCGAUGUGACCUUCAAACCUGUGUGCAUUCUCGUAAACAAAAAGGGAAAUAUUAUAAGCAAGUAUAUCCACGUGGAGAAGAAGGAAGACGAAAUUGCUGGCUUUAUACAAAAUAAUUACAAAAGUUUACACGAAAAGGCAAAUGAAAAAAAUUACAUGUACAAAUAUGAAAAUGUUAGUAACUUAACGAACUUAAAUGUGUUCUCGCCAAUAUUCAUUCUGUUCAGUGACAAACUGAAUUUGGAUUUGCUACAGCAGUACAAUGAUAUGAUUGGUCAGUAUAAUAAAAACAGAAAGGGAAAGAAAAUUAAUUUUUACUUCCUGGUCACCGACGAUAAAAAGUACGAAGCGUUGAAAAAACUCUGUGCAGUAGAUAACACCACCCAGGCGGUCAUUUUGGAUUUGUUUAACCAGAAGAUGUUCAAGGACAAGGUGAACAGACUGGACGUCAUCGAAAAUUUGGGUGGAAAGAGCGUCAUUAACAAGGAAAAGUUCUUUAGCUUCGUGAACAGGUACUAUGGUGACGACUUGUACGCCUCUCCCAUUGUGCUCACGAGGGGAGUCUAA